CCUCGCACGUGGCAGCUCAGCCUGCGGGCAGGGGACCGCUACAAUGACACCUACCCGCUGUCCCCCCCCCAGAGGAACCCCGAGGGCGUGCGCUACCGCAUCGGGGUCAUCGCGGACCUGGACACGCAGUCGCGGGGCUCCGAGGAGCACACCUGGUUCAGUUACCUGAAGAAGGGCUACCUGGUGCUGUCGGACAGCGGGGACAGCGUGAGGGUGGAGUGGGACAGGGAGGAGAGCGUGCUGAGGUCCCACCUGGCGGAGAAGGGCCGGGGCAUGGAGCUCUCGGAGCUGGUGGUCUUCAACGGGAAGCUGUACGCCGUGGACGACCGCACCGGGGUGCUCUACCACAUUGAGGGCAACAAGGUGGUGCCCUGGGUGAUCCUCCCGGACGGGGACGGCACCGUGGGGAAAG